CUUUGGAAGGCUUCCCUAAUUCUUCUUGCUUGAGCUUCAUGAAGGUAGAGAGGGUGUUUGAUGUCUUCAUUUCUGUGUCCCAGCACCUGGCCUGAAGCAAGUAUUCCAAAAAUGUGUAUUGAAUCUGUAUGAAUCAUACACCUAGAUGGAUGUGAGGCUAUCACAGACUAUCCAAGCUGCAGGAGGGAUCAGAUGAUACGUGGUUCCAUCUCCUCACUUUAGAAAUAAAGAGUCAGGGCCGGGCACGGUGGCUCACGCCUGUAAUCCCAGCACUUUGGGAGGCCAAGCCGGGUGGAUCAUGAGGUCAGGAGUUCAAGACCAGCAUGGUGAAACCCCGUCUCUACUACAGAUACAAAAAAAUUAGCUGGGCGUGGUGGUGGGCGCCUGUAAUCCCAGCUACUCAGGAGGAUGAGGCAGAGAAUUGCUUAAACCUGGGAGGCGGAGGUUGCAGUGAGCUGAGAUUGCACCACUGCACUCCAGCCUGGGCGAUAGAGUGAGACUCUGUCUCAAAAAAAAAAAAAAAAGAAAGAAAAAAGAAAGAGUCAGGACCUAGAGAGCUGAAAAGACUUGCCCAAGCCACGCAGCCAAUGAGUGGUAGAGUCCUUGAUGCCCAUCUAAUAGCGCUUUCUGCUCCAGCCUUCCCUGUGCCUUCUAGGUGAAGGUGGCAUUUCACAUAUUUGGUUAGGGUGCCAGGAACAUCAGAAGGUGGUGGCAGUGUCCCUGGGGUAGAUAGUCUUGACCUGAGGGCACCCUGGGGGCACCCCCAUGACUCAAAUGGUGGACCACCUCGUCUGCCUGCACAUAAGACUUUAGGUGUGUAAGAGCUGCUGUCUAUUGUGUACUCACCAAUGCUAGGACUUUGCUAAGCACUUUCCAUAUGGUGUUUUAUUUAACACUCAACAACACUGUGAGAUGGAGAUUACUAUCCCCAUUUUACAGAUGAGGAGACUGAGACUCAGUGAGGUUAAGCUUAAACUUCCUCAAGGUCAUGGCGAAUGUGGUGGAUUUGAACCAAGUCAGCUAUCCUGGCCCAGACUCAAUUAAUGCCACUAUGUGCACGCGCACACACACACACACAGACACACACACACACACACAUUGGAGGGGGUUUUCUUUCCUUUGUCUUGCCAGGAGCUGCCAAAUUGCUGCAGAGGUCUGAGAUCUUGGUAGAGGGGGUGACCACUGUUAUGUUUACUCAUUCCUCAGGUAUCUUGGCCUCAGCUGUCCUUGAAGUCACCAUGGCAUGGUCCCCACCAGCCACCCUCUCUCUGUUCCUGCUGCUGCUGCUAGGCCAGCCCCCUCCCAGCAGGCCACAGUCACUGGGCACCACUAAGCUCCGGCUGGUGGGCCCAGAGAGCAAGCCAGAGGAGGGCCGCCUGGAGGUGCUGCACCAGGGCCAAUGGGGCACCGUGUGUGACGACAACUUUGCUAUCCAGGAGGCCAGAGUGGCUUGCCGCCAGCUGGGCUUCGAAGCUGCCUUGACCUGGGCCCACAGUGCCAAGUAUGGCCAAGGGGAGGGACCCAUCUGGCUGGACAAUGUGCGCUGUGUGGGCACAGAGAGCUCCCUGGACCAGUGCGGGUCUAAUGGCUGGGGUGUCAGUGACUGCAGUCACUCAGAAGACGUAGGGGUGAUAUGCCACCCCCGGCGCCAUCGUGGCUACCUUUCUGAAACUGUCUCCAAUGCCCUUGGGCCCCAGGGCCGGCGGCUGGAGGAGGUGCGGCUCAAGCCCAUCCUUGCCAGUGCCAAGCAGCAUAGCCCAGUGACCGAGGGAGCCGUGGAGGUGAAGUAUGAGGGCCACUGGCGGCAGGUGUGUGACCAGGGCUGGACCAUGAACAACAGCAGGGUGGUGUGCGGGAUGCUGGGCUUCCCCAGCGAGGUGCCUGUCGACAGCCACUACUACAGGAAAGUCUGGGAUCUGAAGAUGAGGGACCCUAAGUCUAGGCUGAAGAGCCUGACGAAUAAGAACUCCUUCUGGAUCCACCAGGUCACCUGCCUGGGGACAGAGCCCCACAUGGCCAACUGCCAGGUGCAGGUGGCUCCAGCCCGGGGCAAGCUGCGGCCAGCCUGCCCAGGUGGCAUGCACGCUGUGGUCAGCUGUGUGGCAGGGCCUCGCUUCCGCCCACCGAAGACAAAGCCACAACGCAAAGGAUCCCGGGCAGAGGAGCCGAGGGUGCGCCUGCGCUCCGGGGCCCAGGUGGGCGAGGGCCGGGUGGAAGUGCUCGUGAACCGCCAGUGGGGCACGGUCUGUGACCACAGGUGGAACCUCAUCUCUGCCAGUGUCGUGUGUCGUCAGCUGGGCUUUGGCUCUGCUCGGGAGGCCCUCUUUGGGGCCCGGCUGGGCCAAGGGCUAGGGCCCAUCCACCUGAGUGAGGUACGCUGCAGGGGAUAUGAGCAGACCCUCAGCGACUGCCCUGCCCUGGAAGGGUCCCAGAAUGGUUGCCAACAUGAGAAUGAUGCUGCUGUCAGGUGCAAUGUCCCUAACAUGGGCUUUCAGAAUCAGGUGCGCUUGGCUGGUGGGCGCAUCCCUGAGGAGGGGCUGUUGGAGGUGCAGGUGGAGGUGAACGGGGUCCCACGCUGGGGGAGUGUGUGCAGUGAAAACUGGGGGCUCACCGAAGCCAUGGUGGCCUGCCGACAGCUCGGCCUGGGUUUUGCCAUCCAUGCCUACAAGGAAACCUGGUACUGGUCGGGGACGCCGAGGACCCAAGAGGUGGUGAUGAGUGGGGUGCGCUGCUCAGGCACAGAGCUGGCUCUGCAGCAGUGCCAGAGGCACGGGCCGGUGCACUGCUCCCACGGUGGCGGGCGCUUCCUGGCGGGAGUCUCCUGCAUGGACAGUGCACCAGACCUGGUGAUGAAUGCCCAGCUAGUGCAGGAGACGGCCUACUUGGAGGACCGCCCGCUCAGCCAGCUGUAUUGUGCCCACGAGGAGAACUGCCUCUCCAAGUCUGCAGAUCACAUGGACUGGCCCUACGGAUACCGGCGCCUAUUGCGUUUCUCCACACAGAUCUACAACCUGGGCCGGACUGACUUUCGUCCAAAGACUGGACGCGAUAGCUGGGUUUGGCACCAGUGCCACAGGCAUUACCACAGCAUUGAGGUCUUCACCCACUACGACCUCCUCACUCUCAAUGGCUCCAAGGUGGCUGAGGGGCACAAGGCCAGCUUCUGUCUGGAGGACACAAACUGCCCCACAGGACUGCAGCGGCGCUACGCAUGUGCCAACUUUGGAGAGCAGGGAGUGACUGUAGGCUGCUGGGACACCUACCGGCAUGACAUUGAUUGCCAAUGGGUGGAUAUCACAGAUGUGGGUCCCGGAAACUAUAUCUUCCAGGUGAUUGUGAACCCCCACUAUGAAGUGGCAGAGUCAGAUUUCUCCAACAAUAUGCUGCAGUGCCGCUGCAAGUAUGACGGGCACCGGGUCUGGCUGCACAACUGCCACACAGGGAAUUCAUACCCAGCCAAUGCAGAACUCUCCCUGGAGCAGGAACAGCGUCUCAGGAACAACCUCAUCUGAAGCUGUCAGUGCACACUCCUAGCUGCUGCCGAUACACCAGAUACCUCAGCUUAUUGGAGCCAUGCCCUUCACAGAGUCACAACUCAGAGGAAAAGGGCCAGUGCCAAGGGGCACCAAGAACCUGCUCAGGAAGCCUUUUGAUGGCAAGAUCACCAAUCCAGAUGGUACUGCUCCCUCAGGAUGGCUCUGGGCCUGCCCCUAAGGGCCUGUGGCCUAUGGAAUACAGCCUCCAGGCUUUGCUCAGCUGAGCUCCUCUUCUAUAAGGAAACCCAGUCAUCCCUGAAUCUUGCCACAGAGAUCCGGUUCAGGAGCUCUCAGUUUCUUAGGGAUGGACUACGGCCCAGUCCCCCAUCUAAGUGGUGCUUUGCAAAUGUCUUGGAGGAGUAUAGGACAGAGGACCAAAAUACACAGCAGGUAGUGUUAGCUCUCUGCUAGGAGCUCAAAGCAACACAACUUGUAUCAAAAUCACAACUAGCAGAGAAGCUGGUGGAUUCAAUCCUUUCUUCAUCUGUUGUUAUUUAGAACUCACCUUUCACACUCUGUUCUUUAGUGUCCUUACCUUUAUCCUACCACACACACAUGGGUGUUUCUAUUAUCCUUGGAAGCAAAGACCUCGGGCAUCCCCUUAUUGCCUGAUGGGCCAACACCAACAGUUACUGAGUGCUUGAGAAGGGGCAAGUUUCACAGAAAUGGCCAGAUAGGGCCUUCCUACAGAGCAGCAAGAGUAGGCCAAGCAGAAAGACUGCUGAGGUAACAUGGACCCCAGCCCGUCAGGGCCUCUGCCAAGGAAAUAAUAUGGACCAUUUACCUGGCAGGCAGUCUGAUCUCUCUCAGGAUCACCACACAUCUCAGGAUUGGUCUAAACUUCAAGUCUCAACCAAGUGUCUGAAGUGAACUUUGCAUUGAAUAAAUUUUUGCCAUGGAAAGAACAUCAAACAAGCCACUCAUCUCUACAGAGAUAUGAAAACAAGUCUGGCAGAGCAAGAGACAGAAGACCAUGGAGAAAUCAGAAGGGGGAACAGUCAGUUUAGUUAAGGAUGGAACCUGGGAAAGGCUACCAUUCCUGCUUAAUGGGGCUGUGAUUUGCUCUUGCUCAAGUAGAAUAAAACCCCAUGGUCUUCUUGACAUGAUUCUUGAUCUUUUCUCCACUGAGACACACUUAAGUGAUGAUCCUUACAGGACAGACACCCUAAUGCCAAUAAAGGUUGCUCAUUAUGGACUGCUACAAAGACCAGACCAGCUGUGAUUACAUACAUGCCCCAGAACCGCAGACCUACCCUCUUCCCUCCCACGGAGCCAGGGCCUGGGAUACACAGGGCACACAUGCUUCUCAUGACUGCCCAUCUACAUUUCUCCAAUCAGACGUAAGUCUGCUUCCCAGUCAGCCUCCCCAGGCUUAGAGCUGAAACACGGGUUAGAAAGGUUAAGCGGUGAAGGAUAGGGGCAAGAAGGUAAAGUCUGAGGAUUGUAAACUUCUAUAAUCAAGGCUGCGAAGCCAAAAUAAAUGGUAGCAGAUGGAGGAGAUUUACAGCAGCACUACCCCCACCACAUCACAAGAGCCACCACAUCACAAGAGCUACCCCCUCCUUAGGGAGUAAAAAGGGACAUGUUCUGGGGAACCCUCUGUGAAUACAAAGAAGUGCUUUCUUCCUUAUCCCCAAACUUCCCUCUCCUCAACUCCCUCGUCUCUUUCAUUAGGCAGAGGGAGCAUUAUAUUUUGGCAUGGCAGUUUAGGUAAACAAGGGAAGGACUGAUUUCCUGUUGGAUCCAGCAAACAUCCCCCAAACAGUAACAACAUUAUGCUCACACAUGCAGCUAAUGGUCUGUGAAAGAAUGUGCAGCUAGCAGGGGAGCAUGUGGUGACUGAUGACUAGAUUCAAGCAGGGAGGUUACCCACAGCUGCUUGCUGGAUCCAGUUUCUAAGAGGGACCAAAAAAGGAGGCCAGGCAGCCAGCCACCAGCUCUGGUCUAAGCCUUGCUGCCCACAUCACACGUUUGAUAGGUGCAGCCAGUUCUAAUUCUUGAAAAAGGCCAUACAAGGGUUGUGCUGUUACAACUCUGAGCUGAAAGGGAAGGACAUGGGAAGACUGGUGGCUGGCAUGACUUAUAACAAGAUGAGGAAUGUUAACAGAAUACCAACCACCAAAUUCCAGGUAGAACCAAAAAUGUCAAGACUUUCACCUCAGCAUACUUUAGCCUCAGAGAAACGAAGGUGCUAAGAAUGUCAGCUUACUCUUCAGAAGCCUAACUUACCUUUAUUCUACAAAGACUUUCACUCUAUGAAGAGCAUAUCAUAACUCAUGGGAAAUGUACUUUUCUACUAAAUUCCAGGUAAUCCUGAGAUUUAGAUGUUCAACACAUAUGCACAGCAGAGUACAUUAGCUGUCUUCCUGAAUAUCUAACAAAGGCGCCAGUGGCAGCUACAGGGUGUCUCCAGCUAACUCAGCUUGAGAAGGCAUAGCUUGGAUGUGCCCAAGGAUUUAAUUCCCAUCUGGAAAAGCUCAAUAUAGUCUGUGCUGGGCCAUAGCAGGAGCUCUUACCUCCAGCUAGCGUACAUCAAUCCCAACUACUUGAAUAAUGUAACUAAAAAGCACAUUCUCUACUAAUGGUAGAAGCAGCAGCACUCCAUAAUUUUCAAGUGUAGGCUUAAAAAAAAAAUCCUUUCUCUGGGUCUGGUUAUAAGGAUAAAUCUGAAAGUUAGAGGUGGCUGACUAUUGGCUGAAAAAAAGGAUAGGCUACUAGCAUACAGCAUUAGAAUGAGAACCAAAAUAAGUUACUGAAAUUAUGAAGAUUACAAGAAAACUGGGAAAUAAACAUGGGGCUAUAUGUUACCAUUAACAAUGCCUUUAAAAGCUAAAGUGUAGCCAGGAAGAAGCAUCCUCACAGGCAAGUGACAGGAGUAGUCAUCUCUUUUGUACUGCCCAAGGUCACUCUUGGCCUUGAAGAAUCAAAACAGAGCAAAGGUAUAACUCAGAGGUAUACCAUUCAGUAUGAAGUCAGGCUGCAAUUCUCUGCAUUUCCUUUCGAAUGGAGCUGUACUGUUCAGACCUAUCUUAGAGAAGUCUGUUCCAUGAAGACAGAGAGCACAAGUCUUGUUGCUAUAGGCCGAAGAGAGGGGCACUUGGAUGAAGUACUAGUGGAGAGGGUCAAGAGAACAACUUAUUUAAUCCCUAAAUUUGACAUGGAGUCACUGAACAUGAAGAAAGGACACUAGUAGAACUGACCACGAAUGAGGAAAACAAUGCUGAGGAACUGGGAGAAGGCUGUAAUAUCUCGAUAGCAGCAGGGAUAGUUGGGUAAGGAUCAAGAUCCAAGGCCAGGGUCAUUUGAGAAACAUCUGAAUACAGUCCUACUCCAAAAUGUUCUAGGUAAUGCUAAUAAUUCAUCAUUGUCAUGGGCACUAAAUCAUUAAAAAAAUGAGGCUGUUGCCCUAGUUGAAAGCACAAUGAGCCACUACUUCUUGCCACCUCAGCAUCCUAAGGUCUAGUGCUACCAUUUCUUCAGUGCAGAACUACUUUCUAAAAACACUGAGAAUGCAGAUAUGAGAUGGAUAAAGCCUGCGGUGAUGGCUUUGACUUCUCCACAUCCUUUAGGAAAUCUCUCACUGCCCAGAGGUGUUUAUUUUAUCCUGGCUGCUUGUCAUCGUAACGGAUGGUCUGGUGCUGCUUGCCAAGUGCCUCUGGCAUAGGUUAAGAAGAUCAUACCAAGAACACGCUGGUGUGCCACAUGUCUUCUUCAGGGUAUCAGAUUUGCAGAGAUAGCAGAAAGCAAGAAAAAGGUUGGAAUGAGGGCGUACAAGGAAGAUAUGAAGGGGAGAGGAGCUACCACAUACCAGUUCCAGGAUAAUCACUUUUGUAGUAUACUGAGGCAGAGAGAUGAUCAGAUCAAUUCUCUACUCACUGGGAUUCAAUAAAAACAACAGAUCCAUUUAACCUAUGCACAGCCUUACAGGCAUGAGGAUAAGAAAAAAGCUGCUCUCCUAUUUCUUUGUUGGAAUGACAAAAACCGACAAACGCCACAGUGAUAUAUGUC